CUAGAACAGAACUGGAAGUCUAGUUGCUCUGAGAGGUUGAUUCCGUCAGUUCUACUCAGGUCAGAGUUCUGUCUUGACGUUAGUACAGUAGUAGUCAUGGUGCUGUCAGUGGGUGACGGUCUGCAGGAAGCUCUGUAGGAGAGGUGGCAGCAGGGCCAGUCAUCAUGGAGAAGAGGGGUAGCAGUGCUGGAUCCUUCAGAAGAGCCUCCAUCAAGAGGACCACGUCUGGGUCUCAGAAGGCCCACAAAGCUUGGAUUGAGAAGACGUUUCAGAAAAGAGAGUGCAUCCAAAUAUUUCCCAGCAAAGAACCCAACAGGUGCAGUUGUGGUCAGGUAGUGAACCAGCAUGUGGCCAUCAUCCCGGGGGCGACCACCAGGGCGGCGGAAGAGGCAGGUCAGAAAGCGCAGGUGGCGGUGCCCAUGGAACGCUGGUCCGUGCUUAAACACACACAGGCCAUGCCCACAGACACAUACGGCAUCAUGGAGUUCCAGGGAGGAGGACAUGUCAACAAGGCCAUGUACAUCCGUGUGGCGUACGAUUCCAAGCCAGACCACAUGCUCCACCUGAUGGUGAAAGACUGGCAGCUGGAGCUCCCUACCCUGCUCAUCUCCGUCCACGGGGGACUGCAGAACUUUGACUUGCAGCCCAAAUUAAAACAGGUGUUUGGAAAGGGUCUGAUCCAAGCUGCAGUCACCACCGGAGCCUGGAUACUCACUGGCGGAGUCAGCACUGGGGUGAUCCGGCAUGUUGGAGAUGCGUUGAAAGACCACUCCUCAAAGUCCAGGGGGAAAGUAUGUGCCAUCGGGAUCGCUCCAUGGGGCAUCGUGGAGAACAAGGAGGAUCUGAUAGGAAGAGAUGUGACACGUCCGUACCAGGCCAUGUCCAACCCCAUGUCCAAGCUGUCUGUCCUCAACAACAGCCACUCUCACUUCAUCCUAGCAGAUAACGGGACCCACGGGAAGUACGGCGCAGAGGUCCGUCUUCGCCGUCAGCUGGAGAAACACAUCUCCCUGCAGAAGAUCAACACACGUCUGGGUCAGGGGGUGCCUCUGGUCUGUCUGAUCCUGGAGGGGGGUCCCAACGUCAUCUCCAUAGUCCUGGAGAGCCUGAGGGAGGACCCCCCUGUCCCGGUGGUGGUCUGUGACGGCAGUGGACGGGCCUCUGACAUCAUCUCCUUCGCACACAGAUACUCUGAGGACGACGGCUUGGUAAGUGAUAGCGUGAAGGACCAGCUCCUGGUCACCAUACAGAAGACGUUCAACUACAACCGCGGUCAGGCCCAGCAGAUCUUCCUCAUGGUGAUGGAAUGCAUGAAGAAGCGAUCUCUGAUCACUGUGUUUCGUAUGGGCUCGGAGGGCCAACAGGACAUCGAGAUGUCCAUUCUGACAGCUUUGCUCAAAGGCACCAAUGCCUCUGCCCCUGACCAGCUGAGUCUAGCCCUGGCCUGGAACAGAGUGGACAUCGCUAGGAGCCAGAUCUUCGUCUACGGUCACCACUGGCCCAUCAGUGGCAGUGCGGCCAACACCACGGCAUCCCAGGUACAGCCUAAGAGCCCGGUCCCAGCCCGCGGUGGAGGUGCUGGGGCAGGGAAGGGGAAGUCCAGGGUCAAGAAGGGCAAAGGAGGCAAGGCCAAACCCGAACCUCCGGAAGAGACGGACCCCAGGAAGCUGGAGCUACGCAACUGGGUGAACUCUCUGGAGCAGGCCAUGAUGGACGCCCUGGUGCUGGACAGGGUGGACUUCGUCAAGCUGCUGAUAGAGAACGGUGUCAACAUCCACCACUUCCUCACCAUCCCUCGUCUGGAGGAACUAUACAACACGAGGCUGGGCCCAACAAAUACACUGCACUUUGUAGUUAGAGACGUUAAAAAGGGAAAUCUUCCACCGGAUUACCAGAUCACCUUGAUCGAUAUCGGAUUGGUCCUGGAGUUCCUGAUGGGCGGGGCUUAUCGCUGUAACUAUACCAGAAAGCAGUUCCGCACCCUCUACAACAACCUCUACGGGUUAAAAAGACCGAAAGCUUUAAAAAUGUUAGGACUGGAGGACGACGAGCCACGAGGAAAGGGCAAGAGUAAAGGGAAGAAGAAGAAGAAGGAGGAAGAGAUCGACAUCGAUGUGGACGACCCAGAGGUCUGCCGCUUCCAGUACCCGUUCCAUGAGCUGAUGGUGUGGGCCGUUCUCAUGAAGCGCCAGAAGAUGGCUCUAUUCCUGUGGAAGCGGGGGGAAGAGGCCAUGGCCAAAGCUCUGGUGGCCUGUAAGCUGUACAAGGCCAUGGCCCAUGAGUCGUCUCAGAGUGAACUGGUGGACGACAUUUUCCAGGACCUGGAAAACAAUUCCAAAGAGUUUGGCCAGCUGGCCUACGAGCUCCUAGACCAGUCCUAUAAGCACGAUGAGCAGGUGGCCAUGAAACUACUGACCUAUCAGCUGAAGAACUGGAGUAACUCCACCUGUCUGAAGCUGGCUGUAGCCGCCAAGCACAGAGACUUUAUCGCCCACACCUGCAGUCAGAUGCUACUUACUGAUAUGUGGAUGGGAUGUCUGAGAAUGGGCAAGAGGAACGGGUUCAAGGUGAUAUUUGGCAUAAUUUUCCCACCUUCGAUUCUCCUCAUGGAUUUUCGACUUGGGGAAGAAGUGACAUAUCAAGCCCCAGCGGAGAACGAAGAAGCGAAGGACAAAGACGAUGACAAUAAAUCCAGCAAGGAAGUGAAUGCUGAUGCAGUGUCCAGAAAGGGGGAUGAAGAAGAAAGCACUGUAAAAAAGAGAAGAGUUCCAAUCGGAGAGAAGAUCUAUGAAUUUUACAACACUCCUUUCACCAAAUUCUGGUUCAACACUAUCUCCUACCUGGCCUACCUGUGUUUGUACAACUACAUCAUCCUGGUCAAGAUGGAACGUUGGCCGUCCCUGCAGGAGUGGAUCGUCAUCUCUUACAUCAUCACUCUGGGAAUGGAGAAAGUCAGACAGAUCCUGAUGUCAGAGCCGGGGAAGCUGAAGCAGAAGAUCAACGUUUGGGCCGAAGAGUACUGGAACAUCACAGACGCGGCGGCCAUCUUUACCUUCCUCCUGGGCCUGAUGCUGAGGCUGCAGAACGAGCCCCUGUUGGGCAUCGGACGGGUCAUCUACUGCGUGGAUAUUAUCUUCUGGUACAUCAGGGUGCUCGACAUCUUCGGGGUCAACAAGUACCUGGGACCCUACGUCAUGAUGAUCGGGAAAAUGAUGGUUGACAUGUUGUACUUCGUGGUGAUCAUGCUGGUGGUGUUGAUGAGUUUCGGCGUGGCGCGGCAGGCCAUCCUGCACCCUGAUGAGAUCCCAACAUGGCGUCUGGCCAGGAACAUCUUCUACAUGCCUUACUGGAUGAUCUAUGGCGAAGUGUUCGCUGACUCCAUAGACCUCUAUGCAAUGGAAAUCAAUCCACCAUGUGGUGAUAACAUGUACGAUGAGGAUGGGAAGAAGCUACCUCCUUGUAUCCCUGGAGCGUGGCUCACUCCAGCCAUCAUGGCCUGCUACCUGCUGGUGGCCAACAUCCUCCUGGUCAACUUACUCAUCGCUGUCUUCAACAACACCUUCUUAGAGGUCAAGUCCGUCUCCAACCAGAUCUGGAAGUUCCAGCGUUACCAGCUGAUCAUGAAGUUCCACGACCGGCCCCUCCUCCCUCCGCCCCUCAUCAUCUUCAGCCACAUCUACAUCGUUCUGAAGCACGUCUGUCGCCGCUGCAAGAGGAGAACAGAGGGAGAGCAGGACGACAGGGACAACAAAGGACUACAGCUGCUGCUGAAUGCUGAGGAGCUGAAGGCUCUGUAUGAGUUUGAGGAGCAGUGUGUGGAGGAGUAUUUCAGAGAGAAGGAGGACGAGGAGCAGUCAUCUAGCAACGAACGCAUCAGGGUCACAUCUGAGAGGGUGGAGAACAUGGCGAUGCGUCUGGAGGAGGUGAACGAGAGGGAGCACUCCAUGAAGGCUUCCCUGCAGACGGUGGACCUUCGGCUGGGUCAGCUGGAGGAGAUCUCUGGACGUAUGAUGAAUGCCCUGGAGAAGCUGGCCGGGGUGGACCACAACGACCUGGUCAGGACCCACUCUGGGGUCUCCUCAGUCUGCGACCCGUCCUCGCUGCUCCGCCACAGCUCCAUCAACAGCUCUGACGGCUACAGUCUAUACCGGUACCACCUGGAGAUGGGAGAUGACACCCGCUCCGAGGCUGGGGACAUCAAGAGCCCUGAGAGGAAAGGGAGCCAGAGGAAAGGGAGCAUGAGGAAGAUGGUCGAGAGGAAAGGGAGUAUGAGAGAAACUCCGACCCUCACCACAGCCUCUGUGAAGGAGUAUGGGGCCACGUUAGACGUGGUGGGGCCCAGAGAGAGGAAUCAUUCCAGCUCCAGUGUCUCUGUCUGCGAAGGUGCGAAGGAAACCCCAGCCCAGAGGCCUGAGGCUCCUACAGAGCCUUCUCCACAGCCCAGCCCUGCAGCCUCGAUGGACGCAGCCCUGGAGAAGGCAGGAGUGACCAUGGAGAAGAUCAAGCUAGAAGCAGCCAUCUCAUACCCUCUGGAGAGGGGCAGGUCCCUGCAGUACCAGACACCAGAGACCCACAGUGACUGUCUCACCUCCAGGCCCAGAUCCAGGAGCACUAUGGUGUACAACCCAGCCGAUGGGGGAGAUGAGGGGGCUACCUGGGCCACAGACGUCAACAACCCCCUCACAGGGGAGCAGGAAACGGUUACCUCCAGAUCUCCAACCAUGGGUCACUGGGCAGCGCGCUUCGAGUACAAAGUCCACCCCUGCCCGUUCGGCCACAUGCCCAAAGUCUCCAUGGAGAAGCUAGUCCCCACCACCACCCAUACAAAGGACGAGGCAGAGGUCAAAGAGACAACGGCAGACAGGGAACCACAGGAGCCAGGGAAGAGCCAGCCAGAGAGCAACCAAGAUGGAGGUGAGGAGAAGCAGGAAGCGGAGGCUAAAGAUACUAGUGAAGGCCUUCUGCUUGUGGCAGAGGACAGGAUGUAUCCAUCACUGAGGUCUAAGAGCCUGAACACCAACCCCAGGAAAGUGAAGGCCGGAGGGGACUGGGCGCAGAGAACCAAGUCAGCCAGUAGUGUUAAAGACCUAACAGCUAUGUUUGGAGGGACUGGGGAGACAGAGACAGAGGUAGAGACUGACAGACAGUGUUAAAGACCUAACAGCUAUGUUAGGAAGGACUGGGGAGACAGAGGUAGAGACUGACAGACAGUGUUAAAGACCUAACAGCUAUGUUUGGAGGGGCUGGGGAGACAGAGACAGAGGUAGAGACUGACAGACAGUGUUAAAGACCUAACAGCUAUGUUAGGAGGGACUGGGGAGACAGAGACAGAGGUAGAGACUGACAGACAGUGUUAAAGACCUAACAGCUAUGUUAGGAAGGACUGGGGAGACAAAGACAGAGGUAGAGACUGACAGA